UUGGCUACACUUCACUCGCCUCCGUCACGUGUAUAAACUAAUGAGGAGAUGCGUAUGCACUCCUUCGGCGAGCGAGCGAUCGAUCGUGCCCUCUCGAUGCCGAUCGAUGGGAGGACGACGACGAAACCCUCGGCUCGCUCAGUGUUUGAUCAUUAGGAUUUGUUUCGUCAAUCCUCAAGAACUGGCCGUAAUCGAGUAGAUUGGGCGUUAUCUACCGUCAAUUGACCUCUGGAGAGCUAUAGAUCUUAUUCCUCCUGCUGGAUUCCAGACAAACCACUCCAGGAAUUUAGGUGGCAAGCAUGGCAUUUGGGAGAAACAUGCAGACGAAUAACAGGAGAUCAUCCUCGUACUGCUUGAAGACGACAAUUCUCGUGUUUGUUGCCCUUUGCUUCGUUGGAAUAUGGAUGUUGUCUUCCUUGAAUAUUGUCCCUGUAGAUCUUUCUUAUCUGGUUCCCAAAUCUGAGUUCAAAGAUAAAUUUUCUAUGCCAUUUGGAGAUAAGUUAGGGAGUGAUAAUGAUGGUUUAGCAAGUGGGGAUGCCAAAAAUACUGAGAACACUGUUAGAUAUAAAUCAGAGUCUGAAUCGGACAAGACAAUUGAGAAGUUAGUGGAGAAAUCCAAAAAGGGUAGCCUGGCAAAGGGGAAUGAUGAUCUGGAUGAUACAUUUGAUGACACAUCACGAUCUGUUGAUGGCGAAGAUGCCAUGACGGAAGAGAAACUAAAAGAAAGUGAAAAUGAAGUAGAAAGACUGGAAAGUGAAAAGAAAGCAGAGCAAAAUGAGAAAUCUGAUGGUGAUGGAUCCCAAAAAGAAAAGAGCGAGGUUUUCCCUUCUGGGGAUCAGUCAGAGCUUUUAAAGGAGACCAACGGCCAGAAUGGAGCAUGGUCUACACAAGCUGUAGAGUCAAAGAACGAGGAAGAGGUGCAAGCUUCAGCGUCAUCAAAGGGCCAGAAAGUAAGUUACAGCUGGAAACUCUGUAAUACCACUGCCAGAGCAGAUUACAUCCCCUGUCUUGACAAUGUGGCAGCUAUUAAGAAGCUCCGCAGUACUAAGCACUAUGAACACAGAGAGAGGCACUGCCCUGAACAGGCCCCAACCUGCCUCGUUCCCCUUCCUGUUGGAUAUAAACAACCAAUCGAGUGGUCAAGGAGCAGGGACAAGGUAUGGUAUAACAAUGUUCCACACACCAAGCUUGUAGAAUAUAAAGGGCACCAAAAUUGGGUGAAAGUAUCAGGAGAGCAUCUCAUUUUUCCAGGAGGUGGAACUCAGUUCAAGCAUGGUGCACUUCACUACAUCGAUUUUGUUCAGGAGUCACUGCCAGAUAUAGCAUGGGGAAAACGAAGCCGUGUUAUUUUGGAUGUUGGUUGUGGAGUGGCUAGCUUUGGUGGCUAUCUCUUUGAAAGAGAUGUGCUUACCAUGUCAUUUGCACCAAAAGAUGAGCACGAGGCCCAAGUGCAGUUUGCUCUUGAGAGAGGAAUCCCAGCUAUAUUAGCAGUCAUGGGUACAAAAAGACUUCCAUUCCCCAGCAAGGUCUUUGAUGUUGUACACUGUGCACGCUGUAGGGUACCAUGGCACAUUGAAGGUGGUAUGCUUUUGUUGGAGUUGAACCGAUUGCUCCGUCCUGGUGGUUAUUUUGUCUGGUCGGCAACCCCAGUUUACCAAAAGCUUCCUGAAGAUGUGGGGAUCUGGCAAGCCAUGUCUGAACUGACAAGAUCUAUUUGCUGGGAGAUGGUGGCUAAAAGAAAAGAUAAAGUAAACAAUGUUGGUCUAGCAAUCUAUAGAAAACCUUCUGAUAAUAGUUGUUAUGACAAAAGAACGAAAGAAAACCCUCCACUCUGUCAAGAACUUGACGAUCCUGAUGCAGCCUGGAAUGUCCCACUACAAGCAUGCAUGCACAGGUUGCCAGUAUAUUCCAGUAGUCGUGGGGUGCAGUGGCCAGAUGAAUGGCCACUAAGACUGGAGAAAACGCCUUACUGGUUUAAUAGUUCCCAAAUUGGAGUUUAUGGUAAACCUGCACCACAAGACUUCGCAGCAGACUAUGAACAUUGGAAACAUGUGGUUAGCAGAUCAUAUUUGAAUGGGAUGGGGAUUAACUGGUCUGCCGUGAGGAAUGUCAUGGACAUGAGAUCUAUUUAUGGAGGUUUUGCUGCAGCUUUGCGAGACAUGAAGGUCUGGGUAAUGAAUAUUGUCUCAAUCGAUGCACCUGACACUCUUCCAAUUAUCUAUGAGCGUGGACUAUUUGGAAUGUAUCAUGACUGGUGUGAAUCAUUUAGCACCUACCCAAGAACAUAUGAUCUUCUCCAUGCAGACCAUCUAUUCUCUAAACUCAAAAAGAGGUGCCAACUAAUGCCAGUAAUUGUUGAGGUAGAUCGGAUACUGAGACCUGGAGGGAACUUUAUUGUAAGAGACAAUGUUGGUACAAUUUCUGAGAUAGAAAACCUUGCAAAAUCACUUCACUGGGAAAUCCGUCUGACAUACUCAAAAGACAAUGAAGGAUUGCUCUAUGCUCAGAAGUCAAUGUGGCGGCCAACCGAUGUCGAAACAACCACCUUGUAAACAAGAGAUACAUUGACAAAGUCCAGCAGUUUUGAUAUAAUGGUGUAUAAUUUCGUUGCAUGCAUAACCAUGCUUGUCCUUUGAAAAAAUAAUGUAUUCUUUGAUCGAUGAAAAUUUCGUACAUUUUUUUUAUCGUAAAAGAUCAGAUUUUGCUAGAGCUUAGUCUAGAUGUUGUGAUAGUCUGACUUGUAAGGUUGGAUUCAGGAACUUGCUAGCUAGCUAGCACCUCGAGAAAACCUAAGUAAUCAAAGAUGAAUGAAUGGCAAGAUUGUCUUGA